CAAAGUAAUCAUAGUGGGACUUGAUAAUGCUGGAAAGACUACUAUUCUUUACCAAUUCUUAAUGAAUGAAGUGGUUCAUACUUCUCCAACCAUAGGAAGCAAUGUAGAAGAAAUAGUGGUGAAAAAUACUCAUUUCUUAAUGUGGGAUAUUGGAGGACAAGAAUCAUUACGGUCAUCGUGGAAUACGUAUUAUUCAAACACAGAGUUCAUCAUUCUUGUUGUUGAUAGCAUUGACAGAGAGCGACUUUCUAUUACAAAAGAAGAACUUUAUAGAAUGCUGGCUCAUGAGGAUUUACGGAAGGCUGCAGUUCUCAUCUUUGCAAACAAGCAGGACAUGAAAGGCUGCAUGACAGCUGCUGAGAUAUCUACAUACCUCACCCUCAGCUCCAUAAAGGAUCACCCGUGGCACAUUCAGUCCUGUUGUGCUUUGACAGGAGAAGGAUUAUGCCAAGGCUUGGAGUGGAUGACCUCCCGUAUUGGAGUGAGAUAGCUUCCCCCCACCCCAAAAAGAAGAAACUUCUAUUUAUCCUGUGAACAUGUACAUUUUUCUGUACUUCUGGUUGCUGAGGCAGUGACCAUGUUUAAUUUAUAUCAGCCAGCCCCCAAGCUGUACUUGAAUCAAGUGCAGGUGAACUGAAACAUAAAGUAUUUUCUUAACGUUUUUUAAUACACUAAUCUUAAACUGGAUGAACGUAUAUACAUCUGUUUUUAAGCAUUGAAAUUCCUCUGAAUAUGUAUUCUAACUUUUUCAGUGAUAGCUUUUUAAAAUCUGUUUUGUCAUUGUCAAUAUUUCAUACUUCCUCUUUCUAAAUAGUUUAUAUAACUUACCUAACGUAAAUGAGCGCAGUUUGUUUAAUAAUGAAAAGGUAGCGAGUAGGUUGACUUUACUCUGGCAUAGCUUUAGCCUCUAA